CCUUGUGUAAACAUCCUUCGUUCGGGGCUUGAUCAACCGUUCUACAAACAUUGUACGUCAGGGAAGCAGUGUGAUCAAGACACAUGGACUUAUGACUCCCUGUUCUCAGAUCUGCAGAUAGGGGGCAAUUCCUCAGUUAAUUACUACCCCACCAUGAACCCGAACGAAAAUUAUGUGGGCACUGUGAAUGUGAUGCACUUCGAGCAUCAUCACAGAGUGUAAAAGGAAUCCCGUCAUUUUGAAAGCUCGCACCGUGUUUGUUUUCAAAUCUCAGUUUUUCUCUAAACAUUCUCAAUGAUUGAAGGCUACCAAGUGUGAUACCUCUUAUAGCCUGCAAGUCUUCGUUAUGAUCAUAUCAGCGAUGUCUCAGGCCUCGGAAUUCUGACAUCUUCCAUGAGAAACACUGAAGACUUCAGACUUCAAUUAAUUCAACUUGUAAGGAUAUUUUUCUGUGAUAUAGUAUCAAGUUGGCAUUGACUUUAUUGAAACUGUUUCAUCGUGUAUCCGCAAUUAUGAUUUGGGAUUUGUUUGACCGUCUAUCUCACAGGAUAUAUUGAUUUGGAAUUCGUCCAACACUUGAAUACUGCCUUUCAAAUUUGGUUCAUAUCACGGAUAAACUACAGUCAUCUCCUCCUUAUAAUGAGCUUUGAUUGCCUAGUAAUGGGAACUUCGGAUGCUCUGGCAAAGGAUAAACACAUCAAAAUGACAAGUACGCAGCGGCUGUAUUAUUGACAAAAAAUAAUGAAACGAGAGAACUUCAGAUUCAGACAGACCGGAUCAGAUGCUCUAUCAUGGGGAUUUAAGUCUCAAGCUACGGAUGAAUAUCAUAUCAGAUUUUGGGAAUAUAUCCCAUAUUAUUCAGUGCUCACGCCUAGAAGCAUCUCAGACAUGAUCUUUGAACUCACAAGAUAGCUGAAGGAUCUGGUUUAGGUACAACCUCCAACAUUUUGACUCGAUUCCUUCUCUUCAUUAACAUUGCGCUACCAAUGACGGUCGAGUGAGGGCGUAAGACUCGUUCGAAGCAAAUGCAAGGUUGACCUUGUCAAAAGAUCGUUGGACGUGACCAAAUUCAAAGGAUCCGUUUGUGUGUGUGUCUGUAUUUUGUUAAUACUGGCGUCCAUCAAGUUCUAUUAUUAGAAACAUUGCUAGAAAGGAUAAUGGUAUUUUAAGCCUCGAUUAUUAGCGACUCUCCUGUCGAACAUCACCGUGACUAACCCCAGGAAAGUCCAUUUGUGAAUCUGUAGGUUUAAUGUGUAACGGGUUCUUUUUGUUGUUUGGGAAACUACCAAGCGAGAUGGAUAAAAAUGUAAUUAUUUUUUCUGCAAUAACUGUAUCUAGGUGGCCCUUUUCUAAAAACAGGGUCCUUGUCGCCUCCAUUUCAUUUUUAUUCUUAACGUUGUUUCUAUUGGCCAACGAUGCACAUACUACCUUAUAUUCUAGAAGGCAUGAGUUCUCUCUUACAAACAGGAACGGGAAUGAGGAGAGGAACGAAUCAAAACAAGUUACAGUCGCAAAUGUUUCCUGUAAUGAAUUAAUGUUAAACCAUGGGUGUUAUAAAAUUGUCCAAGGCGAACAUGAAAAGCCAAAGUACAAGCCACUGGAAGUGACGGAGUUAAUACGACUCAAGUGUUCUAGAAGGGCGCCCUCUGCAAUCGUAAUAGGAACCAAGAAAAGUGGCACGACGACGCUCAAGAACUUUUUAAGUUAUCAUCCAGAUGUUGCGUUUGCGGAGAGAGAGCUGAAGUUCAUCAACAAUAACGACCUCAGUGAUUUAGAUAAGUACAUAGCCGUAAUGCCAUACUCAUUGCCUCACCAAAUAACCAUGGAAAAAACUCCAGGAUACUUCGUUCGUCUUAAGGUGCCCAGUCGAAUAAAAAGUGCCAUUCCCAACGUGAAAUUUAUUGUCAUUAUCCGCAAUCCCGUCAAUCGCGCCAUCUCAGAUUUCGUGCACAUGAGAUACAGUGAUGAAACGCGAGUUGGUGGUGCAAAAUUGCUUAAAAAAUCACCAAAGCCUGGGGCGAUUAGGUAUGAAGUUUCUCAAACGUUUAGAGAAUCCGUGCUUUUUGAGAAUGGCUCAGUAAGGGAGAACAAUGCACUCAUCGACACUGGUAUCUACGUCAAAUACUUCCGCAUGUGGCUUCAGUACUUUCCUUUGGACCAGUUUCUUAUCCUUGACGGGGAGGAAUUCGUCAAAGCUCCAACUCCCACCAUGCACCGUGUAGAAUCCUUCUUGGAUAUCAAACCGUUUUUCACGGAGGACCAUUUUUAUUUUAAUGAAGAAAAGAAGUUCCACUGUUUGAAAAAACCGCUUAAUACUUGUAUGACGAAAAAUAAAGGCAGGCCACAUCCGUACGUGGAUGAAGAUGUCAUCGAAAAGUUAAAUGAUUUUUAUGCGCCUUUUAACAAGGAAUUAGAAAAGUUUUUAAACAGAACGUUUUCAUGGUAAUGGCUUGUGUUUUUGUCUACGUUUUGUAGUUUUGUUAGAAUGUUAUUAACAUUGACCUUAUUACUGUGCACUUUCAAAUGUGAUCCUUGAAUACCUUCGAUAGUUUUGGGCCCCUUAGUUUUGAAUGAAUGCUUUUAUUUGCAUAAUGCUAGCCCAUCAGGAAUAGAGUCAUGAUAAGAAAAUUGCUCAUAAAUUCUAAUGUCUGCAAUGUUAGAAAACGUAUAGAUUAUUCCCUUUUUUCAUUUUAUUUGCUAGUGAAUUAAAAAGAAAUAAUAUUUAUGUAUAUGCAUACCAUGAAAACCAUUUCUCAAGGGAUUUAUAAGGAUACAAUAUUCUUAUAGUUUUUUUAUAUACAUGUAUAAUUACGAAAUAUUCAAGUUUCAAAGAUAUUGUAUUAUUAAAUAUGAUAACAUUACCCCAGAUUCUGAAUAGGACAUUUCUACUUCAAAUGUAUCAGAUAAUCAUACAGUCACCAUUUCUUCAUUUUUAGAUGAACAAAUAUAAAGAUAGUCAACUGACCCUAUAAGACAGAUUUUUUUUUACCAGUUUAGCUUUAGUGAGUGUUUGUAUGUGUAUAACGAUAAUGCAAUGUACAUUAUUUAAAAAUACCAUGUGAAGUGUGUGAAAAUAAUCUAUGAUAUAUUUUGUUAAUGUAGGAUUUCAGAUUCAAAAGAAAAUAUUCUGAAGGUUUUCUCAUCAAGAACGAGAAAUGUCUUAGUUUGAUUUCGUGUCUUACAUAUUUUAAAGGGGAAGCUCACUCUGACAAAAAGUUUAUUGUAAAAAUAGAAGAAAAAAAAUAUUAGCAAAGGUUUGAGGAAGAUCCAUCAAAAUUAAACUAGUAAUUAGAAUUCCAUUUUGUCUUUUUUGUGACAUCAUUAUGCAAGCAGAUUCUCCGUUGUAGUGUAUCUUGUGGAAAACAAAUCAAAUAAUUUUCAUUUUUGAAAAAUAAAAAAUUUCUAAGUGAACUUUCAGUAUAUCAACAGACAAA